CAGCUUUUUUAGACUUGUUGAUGGUCAGCCUGUCUGUGUCAGGGGCUGGGUUUCUCUUUUAUCCAAGGAGAGAGAGGAGAGAAAGGAUAGAAAAAAAAUAGCUGUGUCAGACAUGACGAGAGAGAAACAACGAUAAAACUCGAUCAAAUGAUGAUUUAGACACUUUAAAGAACCCGCCAUGGCUAUAAGGGAGCUCAAAGUUUGCCUUUUAGGGGACACGGGAGUGGGCAAAUCCAGCAUAGUUUGCAGAUUUGUUCAAGACCAUUUUGAUCACAACAUAAGCCCCACCAUAGGGGCAUCUUUCCUGACCAAGACUGUGCCAUGUGGAAAUGAGCUACAUAAAUUUCUGAUCUGGGACACAGCUGGACAAGAACGGUUUCACUCGUUAGCUCCUAUGUACUACAGGGGAUCAGCUGCUGCUGUCAUUGUUUACGACAUAACUAAACUGGACUCCUUCCAGACACUGAAGAAGUGGGUGAAGGAGCUGAAGGAGCACGGCCCAGAGGACAUCGUUGUAGCCAUAGCAGGAAACAAGAAUGAUUUAGGAGACAUCAGGGAAGUUCCUAUGAAGGAAGCGAAGGAGUUUGCUGAAUCAAUCGCAGCUAUUUUUAUUGAGACCAGCGCCAGAAAUGCGGUCAAUGUCGAGGAGCUCUUUCAGAAAAUCAGUAAACAGAUCCCACCGCUGGAAAAUGCUGAAGUGGAGAGCAACGAUUCCUUUAAACUCACCCGGCAGCCCAGUCAGACCACCAGGAGGUGCUGCUAGUGACCCACCAAGGACUUUUCUUUCAACAACCCUGACAAACACCAGGCCCUGAACAACAGGCACAACGCACAUGGCAUCCUACCUGCUGGGGAGACGACACCGAAGAUGACCUGGAGUCACAAAGAAGGAAAAAACUGUAGUGAUUAAGUCAAAACACCAACUUAUUUAACAGAAUUGCACUAGCUGUGAUUAUCUAACUCAGAUGUUUGUCUCCCUCUAGUGGUGGUUUCACUAACUUACAUUUACUACACAUUUUUAUAAUCCCAAAUUAUCCAGACUGAUUUGCUCUUUAGAGUCAGUGUUUGGUUAUCCGAGUAUUUUACCCUGGCUCUUGGACUAAUUAUUAUUAUUUUUUUUUGUACAAGCUUGUUUUACCCUCAAAGUUAGGCUUACACACCAUAGCUGAGCGUAUAUUUGAGUCGCUCACACACCAAACCUUUACAUUCCUCCUUAAAGGAUUUACUAUAAUUCUGUAGGAUGAACAUCAUCAUGAGUUUUUUUUUUGAAGAUGUUUUGCACACGUGGAAAC